AUGUCGUCGUACUGGCUCCUACGGAUCACAUCAAUAUUCCUAUAUAUCCAUCACGCCACUGACCAUCUUGUGUGGGAAGCCCAUGCCCAUGCAAAACAGCCGCAGCAGUGCACACCACACCAGGGGCCGGAUCAGACGUCGUCCACCAUGCGGAAGAAUCCGCUCUCGGUUGACACGGCCGGGAGCAACGGCACGGCCGCCGCCACCGGGGCCCGGGAGCACGGGGAGCUCGUGAGCCCCUCCGCGAGGCUGGUGGAGGACUUCUACAUCGUCGUCGUUAUCGGGGUCGCCACGCCCGUGAACCUCCCCGCCGCCCGCGCCGGCAUCGAGGCCCAGCUCGCGCGCUACCCGCGCUUCCGCAGCAUCCAGGUGAAGGACGGGUCCGGGCGCCCGCGGUGGGUGCCGACGACGGUGAACCUGGAUGACCACAUCGUCUACCCGAGGCUGGACGCCGCGGCGGUGGCGCGCGACCCGGACAGGGCCGUGGAGGACUACGUGGCGACGCUGUCGACGCUGCCCAUGGACGAGUCCCGCCCGCUCUGGGAGUUCCACGUCCUCGACUUCCCGACCUCCGAGGCCGCCGCCACCACGGCGAUCCGCGUGCACCACUCGCUCGGCGACGGCAUGUCGCUGCUCACGCUGUUCAUGGCCUGCACCCGGAGCGCCGCCGACCCGGCGAGGCUGCCGGCCAUGCCGCCGACGCCCGCGCGCACGGGCGCCAUCUGGGAGCAGCCCCGGCCCCCGGCGUCCGCGGGCGCCCUGGCGCUCGCGGCCUGGGCCUGGUCCUUCGCCGUGCUCGCCUGGCACACCGCCGUAGACGUCGCGAGCUUCUUCGCCACCAUCCUCUUCCUCAGGGACCCGCACACGCUGUUCAAGCGCGUCAACCACGCGGCGCACCAGCGCAAGCGCCUCGUGCACCGCGGCCUCAGCCUCGACGACGUCAAAUUCGUCAAGAACACCAUGAACUGCACAGUGAACGAUGUGCUUGUUGGAGUGACCUACGCUGCCCUGUCGCGGUACUACUUCCGGAAGACAGGUGACGCUGACACCAGCAAGGAGAUCCGCGUGCGAUCAAUUCUACUUGUCAAUUUGAGGCCAACAACCAGCCUGCAGGCAUGCCUAAACAUGAUAGAGUCCGGCAAGGGAAGCGACGUGAAAUGGGGGAAUGAGCUUGGCUUCAUCAUCCUUCCAUUUCACAUUGGUUUGCACGACGAUCCGUUACAGUACGUGUGCAAGGCGAAGAAGAUUGUGGAUAGGAAAAAGAGCUCUUUGGAAGUGGUGUUCACGCAUUUAGCAGCAGAAGUUAUCCUCAAAAUCUUUGGACUCAAGGCAGCUGGAGCUAUCUUCCAUCGUAUGAUCUCUCAUACAACCAUAUCGUUCUCCAACAUGAUUGGUCCAGUCGAGCAGGUAGAGUUUUGUGGACAUCCGGUUGUCUUCAUCGCCCCUAGUGGAUAUGGCCCCCCGGAAGCCCUAACAGUGAAUUUCCAAAGUUAUGUUAACACUAUGAUGGUAAAUCUAGCAGUGGACGAGGCACAGUUUCCAGAUUGUCAUGAACUGCUGGAUGACUUUGUCGAAUCCCUCAGGCUAGUUAGAGGUGCAGCUUCAAGCCUAGGGAAGAAUAACAAGAAUGAUUAAGGGACUAUUCGACCAAUGCUUCUUUCUUUCUCCAGUCCUAUAAUAAUUUUAGUAUUACUGCUAAACUAUUUUUAGUUUUGUGUUAUCCUGUAGAACAUAAACUCAACCAAAUUGAUGAAGUACAUCACAUCGGUUGAGAUAAUGGUUUUCUGGAGAAAAAUAGCAUCAUAUGUUUUAGAACAAAAGGUUAUAAAAUUGUAAUAGUGAAUGGUACUUUAGUAUGCUUCACUUUUUACUUACCUGUGAUGCACAGAAUAGGAAAAUGCCCAGAGUGUUACUCAUCUUCCUCAAAGUCCAUAAGAAAGUCAGUUAGGUUCUCAGAAUCAUCAA